GUAUGACUAGGUACUGGGGAAAGUGAGCUCCGCUACACGGGCAUCGAACCGGCUCAUCUCUCAGUUCGGACGCCAGCACUUGGUUACCUGUUUCCCCACCCAUGUCUGAUACUACCCUGCUCAUACCCGUCCGCAUACUAAUCUUCCCGUAAACUGAAAUACGAGAGUCCAGGACUUUACAGCACCCAGACAGCUUGUGUAACUUAACUCAUUACAAGCAUUACAGAGGGUUUGAACAUGAGCCAGUGGCACCAAACACCUUGUGGCAAGUACUUGGAGUCGGGGUGAGAGGGGGUCAGAGUUCGUCACUUAGGUAACCAGGCUUUGGUAACCAGGCUUUGUGGGUGGGGUGAAGACCGCCCUAUCAAGCAACACCUGUAAAAGGAAGAGUGUUCAAACCACUGCCAGCCAUAUACUGUCCCACCAGCGCCCCUGCUACACCAUAAAUAGUCUACCCAGGGUGGCGCCGAUACAAUUUCUAGACUCUAGACAUGGCGCUGAUUACUGAGGUGACAAGACUUAUGCUGCUUCUCGCCACUUUACAAAGAACAAACACCAUAGACAUCGUCACAAACUGUGACACGAGUCCCGGGAAGGUGUACAGAGUGGUCGAGAAGACCGAUGUGGUGUCAAAGUGCGAAGGUGUGGCUGUCAACACCACAGUCAACUUCUACCUUUACAAACUGUCAGGGGAAGUAGUCACCAUAAGCACAUGUACCCCGUUCUGCAACCACAUGUACCGCACCUUCGACGCUCGGCGGUACUCAACCGUCCAGUACCUGAAGGAGACCUACACCAGAUGCUACAUCUACUACCCUGCCUACCGCGACAUGGCCGGCACCGUGGUCUGUUCUGAGUUCUUUUCUAACGGCACCACGAGGGAACGUAGAUGCCCAUUGGACAUCGUGUAUCCAUUUCAAUUAAAUAACACUUUCGUGAUGACCAAUUAUGAGAACUGGACAGUGACUGCAGUUUUCUCCACAUUCCGGGUCUUUUCUGCUAUGAACCUUUAUGUCAUCGACAUUAACGAGUACCUAGCAACUAAUGAUGGCGCCAGUUUCUUCGUACAAAAUCCGAACGUUACUACAUGGACAGCAUUUGAACCUUUCAUCGAAAUAACAGCAAAUGAGACCUACUACAAAGGAAAUUUCACUGCCUCCUGGUCUCUUCCAAGUCAGAGUGGUAGCUACUACUACACUGCUGACCUCUACCCUUCAGAACAGACGAACGUGAGACUCUAUCCUAUAAAUGGUACACUAGUGAUCUCAGAGCCCUCUCAGCCGACUCAGAACUGUAACUUGACCUACGUACCGGAAGUGGGUACAGUAGACUGCAUGUGCAGUACAAUGUCACUGGGAAGGCCGCCAGGCAGACUGCAGUGGCUUGUAGGUAAUGACGUCAUUGCUGCCGGCGGAUAUGGCGUCACACAGCUGCAGUUUCCCACGAACCGCGUCAACCGCACGCACGAUGGCCUGCAAGUCACGUGUCAGCUGGACUGGGUGGUCAGGCAGCGCGUGGUUGUGUCUGACCGCGUGGCGUACGGUCCCGAAAGUGUGAGCAUCCAGUUCAGGUCCGAAAACUGUCAGGUGAUAAUGACCUGCACUGUGGAUGCCAUCAAGCCAUUUUUACCUGACAUGAUACAGUGGGGAGGGCUGUGCCAGGGACAGAAAGGCGCUGAGUGCACCUUCAAAGCUAACGGCGCGGAGGAUGACGGGAAAGUAGUCACGUGCACCGUCACCAAUGGCGCAAAUAACGGGCGUGGAGCCAGCUCCAGUGUGAGGAUCGCUGUCACAGGAUGUUCAACUACGGGAAACGGCUCCGGUACUGGCUACGUGUCAACUGUGAUCAAAGGAUCAGCGACGGGCAACGGUACAGGUGUGGGAGACGGCACAGGUAAAGGUGACGUCAUGGCACCAAGCGACUCCACAGCCUACAUCAUAGGUAUAGCUGUUGCCGCUGCCCUCGCUGUCAUCUUCGGAAUCAGUCUGCUUGUGGUAGUCGUCUGUAUGUGCAGACACCGGGGUGCUGAAGGGAACAGAGUUAGAACAGAAGAUUCAAGGCAGACAACUGAUCAACCACAAGAUAAUAUGAGCUUAUAUCUGCAUCCCUCGGUCUCACAACAGCCAAGGAGUCAGCAGCCCCCACAGCAGGACAAUGAUACCUGUCCGCCCGACGACAACCAUCAUUAUGAAUCCAUUCACAGUAAUGCACAUCAUGAUGAACUCAGAAACCAGUCUUCUCGCAUCACUUCCGUAGAGAAUGGAUCAUGUUCAAGCAUGACUACUUCUACAGCUAGACCUGACCUACAGUAUGAACAACAAGGGCGUCCCCCACCAUUUCUACACCAGCAGAACGGUACAACUACCUCCACCUGGACCUAACUCACCUCAGAGUGAGUAUCCAGCCUCGGGUGCUACCAUCUCAGUAGAAGAUAUUUGUAGAGAGUGAUGUCGCCUCGUCAAACUGGGAGGAUGAGACAGAGCUCUUUGUAUUGUUGUCUUCUCUGACAUCUUCCUGUGUGUGACAUGUGACUGAGUAUGUUGUCUGACGGGCCUGUCAUCGUGCGUGUGGAAUGUGGCAACUCCUCCGUUUUGUUCCUUUUCGACAUGCAGACUGGACGAUCGGCAGAGUUCGGUGAGCUUCAUGCCCGCUUGACCUUUGUUGAUCAGUUGGAUGUGCUGCUAGGAACUGUGUAUUUGCUGUGGAGUGUAUUCCUGCGCGUCUGACUUGUUUGAUAUUUGCCCUGCGGAUUGCGUUCCUGUUGUGUGUAGACGCUAACCUUUGGCCUCGAGCACCGUCAUUUUGUUCUGACGUCACAUUCUCUUUACGUCACAUUAUUUUCACGUCACACCAUCUGUCAGCUGUGACGCGCCUUCUGUUUGACGAUGAGAUGCUAUACACGCCAUCUUUUAUUGUCAUAUGACUUUGUGACAACAGUUGGCCUCUGGCGUUCAGUCGGACUUAGAUUGCUUACAAUAUCUUUAUUUUAUUCUUGAUUGAACCAGAAACUACAUCAAUGGAUAAAUAAAGGUUUCAGGAGAAACGCAUGACAA